AAUAGGCACUGAACUUAAAGCGCAAGGCAAAUGGAGCAGGCUGGGAGGGAAAAGGGGAGGAGGAAGCUUCAUUUCUUCAUGCAGAAACUGGAUGGAACAAUCCUGAGAAGGAAGGAACAGCCACACUCUUUCCGUGACAUUCUGGAGAAGGGAAGAACACAUUUUGUAUGGUGCUUUUAGCCACUUACCUGCUUUGAAUUUCUACAGUGGCCAGCAGUGAAGGGAAAAUAUUAGAUCAUGUCGGAGUUCUGGCUUAUUUCUGCCCCAGGAGACAAAACAAAUCUGCAGGCGUGGGAGAGAAUGAACACUGUGACAUCUAAAUCCAACCUGUCGAGCAACAGUAAAUUCCAUAUUCCAGACUUAAAGGUUGGGACACUGGAUGCUCUUGUUGGUCUGUCAGAUGAGUUGGGAAAACUUGAUAGCUUUGCUGAAAGCGUAAUAAAGAAAAUAGCCCAGUACAUAGGAGAAGUUAUGGAGGACUCAAAAGAUAAAGUCCAGGAAAAUCUUCUGGCCAAUGGAGUUGACCUAAUUAGCUACUUGACACGGUUUGAGUGGGACAUGGCCAAAUAUCCCAUAAAGCAGCCGCUGAAGAAUAUAUCAGAAGCAUUAGCAAAGCAAGUGACUCAAAUAGAAGCAGACCUAAAGACCCGAUCAGCUGCGUACAACAACAUUAAAGGAAAUUUGCAAAGCCUAGAGAAGAAAACAAUGGGAAAUCUGCUGACCCGGACCCUGGCAGACAUAGUGCACAAAGAAGACUUUGUUCUGAAUUCCGAGUACCUUAUCACGCUGCUCGUCGUGGUGCCAAAGUCAAGCUACCUACAGUGGCAGAAGACCUAUGAAUCACUCUCAGAUAUGGUAGUACCUCGCUCCACCAAAAUGAUUGCUGAGGAUGCAGAGGGAGGACUCUUCACUGUGACCCUUUUUAGAAAAGUGAUGGAUGACUUUAAGGCUAAAGCCAGGGAGAACAGGUUCAUGGUUCGAGAAUUUUAUUAUGAUGAGAAGGAACUGAAAUGUGAAAAGGAAGAGCUGAUGAAAUUAGCUUCCGACAAGAAACAGCAAUAUGGCCCCUUACUGCGCUGGCUGAAGGUGAACUUCAGUGAAGCAUUUGUGGCUUGGAUUCAUGUGAAAGCCUUGAGAGUUUUUGUUGAAUCUGUCCUGAGGUAUGGCCUCCCUGUGAAUUUCCAAGCAAUGCUGCUGCAGCCAAAUAGGAAGUCUGUGAAGCGCCUGAGAGAUGUCCUGAACGUGGUCUUCAAACACCUGGAUGAAGUUGCAGCAGCAAGUAUAAUGGAUCCUGGCAUGGACAUCCCUGGGUUACAACUGAGUAAUCAAGAAUACUAUCCUUAUGUCUAUUUCAAGAUUGACCUCAGUCUUCUUGACUGCAGUUAAAGAAGAAUUGCUCAAGCUUCAUCUAUUAAUUCUCAAGAUGCUCAUGUUACUGUAAAACAAUAUUUAGCUGCUGAAAAUCAAAUGAAAAUGCAGAUGCUCUAGCAGGAUGAUCUUCCUACCACUUCUAGCAAUUUUUACAGUGACUACAAUAUGUUAUCUCUUACUCAUAGUUUUACAAAAACAUAUUUCAGAGGCAGAGGUACUAUGGUAGUAUUUAUUUUUUUUUUUUUUGUAAAUUACAAAGAUGGAAUAUCUACCGGACUUGAAAUAAAACAAUUUUAAGUGUGGUGGCUAAUGGA